AUCAUAUCUAAAUGGCUUCUCUUACCAUAAGUCUUUUUGUAAUAACGCUUCUCUUCCAUUGUAGUUUCAAUGUCUUUGAAGCUGCGGAGUAUCAUGAGAGUCCUGCUCCUGCACCAGCCGACCAUCAUCUAGUUGCCCCGAGCCCCCACCACCUUGCCCCGUCGAGCGAGUCUCCGAUCCCCCACCAGCCACCGAGCCAAUCUCCGGUUCCCCACCACCUUCCCCCGCCGAGCGAGUCUCCGAUCCCCCACCAGCCACCGAGCCAAUCUCCGGUUCCCCACCACCUCCCUCCUUCCCCUUCGCCUCACUACGCCCCCGUUGAGCCACCUAAACCGCAUACCUAUCAUCAAAGAAGGUCCAUCGAAGUCGAAGGUGUUGUUUAUUGCAAGUCUUGCAAGUAUCCCGGUGUUGAAACCCUUCUCGAUGCUAAACCCCUUUCAGGUGCUAUGGUACAAAUGACAUGCAAGAACACCAAGUAUUCUCGAGUAGUUGUGAUAGCCACCACGGACAAUAACGGUUACUUCUGGCUAGCGGCGAAGGACGUGUCGAGCCACGCAUACCACCGAUGCAAGGUUUAUAAUGUGAAGUCGUCGAACAAGAAUUGCACUAUAACGUCAAAAAUGAACGGCGGAAUAGAGGGGGCAGAGUUGAAGCCGGUGAAGGCAUUCUUGGACGCCGAGAAGAAACCGGUUGUGCUUUACAGUGUUGGGCCAUUAGCUUACGAACCCACCUGUCCACGUUGAAAGUACGAUAGGAUCUUGGGGAUUUUGAUGAUAUGAUGGUUUGAAUUUAUGUACUUUGCUAGGUUUUCGCGAUAUCGUUGUUUUUUAAUAAUUUUUAAUCGAGUCAACGAGCUUUCGAGGUAA